AUUCUGCACUGCCAAGGGAACCAGCUGAGCCUCUCUUGUGCAAACACACACUCACCAAACAGGAAGGCCAUUACUCUUUGGUGUGAGUUGCCCGCGGGGACGUUCAGUGACGUGUUUGGAGGAAACAUUGGAGGACAUUAACCGUGGAAUUCAGGGAGUGGAUAAAAAAAAUGACAAUAGUGGAUCUGGAAUUUCGGAAAGAGACUGUCAGACAAAAGAGCAUGUGAGAUUAGAUUACUAGAAAACAGCCAGAGGGAACUCUUAUAAUCACUUCUGCUCUGUAUUUACAGUUGGAUUGGGUUCAGUAUCUUGUACCACACAGGACAGGAAAGGUGGGGGGGAAAAAACCCCAGCAUCAAGACAAUCUGGAUCAACGUGAAGAAUAAUCCACUGGCAUUAAUUGGAUUACAAAGAAAUAAUUCCAGAGAAGAGUUUCUUCUGGUUCGCCCACUUACCUGUCAUACCUAUGACGAUGAUCUCAAACUGAUCCCUGCAACCCUGAGACCAUGUUCAGUCCCAGCAAGAACAGUCUCCCUUCCCCCAACCUGGAGGACUCCUUUUUCCCGCUCUCGUCAACCUCUUCAAUCUCACUCUCCUUCGCCCUUCCCACAUCCACGCCGGAUCUUGGGGGCAUCGAAGGCGGGGGUGGCCUAGAGACCGACCUGAUUCUGGCAGCUGAGCUGGGACAGGCUCUGCUGGAGAAGAAUGAGGAACUGGCCGCUGCUCUGGAGGAGAAGGAGAGGGAAGUGGAGGCGUUACAGCAACAGAAGCAUGUUCUGCAAAGGAAGCUGGAGAUGAAUGAACUGGCGUCUGGACAGAAGGAGGCCGAGCUGAAUGGAGAUUUGACCGCUUUACGUUCUGAGCUGGACCGCCAUCAUACUCAGGGGCGGGACCGGCGCAGGGAUGAGAGUGAACAGCUGACCCAGUUAUCCAACCAUAACCAGCGCUUGGUGGAGCAGCUAUCAGAGGCUGUGACGCUGGAACAUUCCUUGAGGACUGAGAUUCGUACCCUGAGAGAGGAGAUGGACGAGUCCUCCUUUAGCCGGAAUAUUAGCUCCACACAAUUAGAAAACACACUAGCAGAGAGCCGAGUUUUGAAGGGGCGCCUGUGUCACAUGGAAGCCCAGCUGAAGGCCUCCCAGGAAGACAGCGACAGGCUGCGCUCGGAGCAGAACGUCCUGAGGGACAGAUUGUCGGAGCUGCAGGUGCAGCUGAGAGAGAAAGAGGCAGAGCUAGAUCAGGAGCUAGGGGUGGUGUUUGAGUUGCGUACCAUGAAUCGCUCUCUCCAGCAAAAUGCCCUGAGCCUGGGAGAAGAGAGCAUCCUGGACAUUACACACACACGACCUUUGUCACUGCUUAGUGAAAUUCAGCAAUCCCAGGCCAAAGAUGCACUCCUAGCCCACUCUGUCGCACUGCAAGCGAGAGAUGAUGAGAUAGCAGCACUGAAAGAGGAGGUGAAAUCCCAACAAGAAGAACUGGAAUCACUGCGAGAGGAAAUAAAGCCAUUUCGAAGCAGUCCAGAUGCGCCAAGUUAUUGUUUGUUAGAGAGUGAGUUGGCCACGGUGCGACAGGAGAAAGACUUACUGACCCAUCAGCUUCUCAACACCAUCCAACACAAAGUGGCCCUGUCCCAAGAGCUGGAUGCUUGGCAGGAGGAUAUGCGCUUGGUGAUCAAUCAACAGGUGAUGCAGAAGGAGGAGGACAGACUAAAGAAAGUUCAGCAAGAGCGAAUGAGCAUAGGAGGACUCCAAAGAAGCAAGUCUUUGAAAUUGAAAGGUGAAGGAGGAAAAGGAUUCUUCUCAUCUCUUUUUAGAGACAAAUAACACAAAUGGAGACAAUAAAUUGACGUUUUAAAGCAACAGAGGAUUAAACAUUUUACAUUUUUGUACCAUAAGAAGCAAGUGUAUAUAUCUAUAUAAUUGUAUUUAUGGAUGUACAGUAAAUAAAUAGUUUCCAUUUUUAUUGCUUUAUAUUAAAA